AUGUAUAACACCCAUUCAGAUAUUUGGGUUGCUGGCGCAUUUGCCGCAGUUGUCGUUGACUUCAUCGUCUAUCCAGUCGACACACUCAAGACUCGCAUCCAAUCUCCCAACUAUGAGAAAGUCUUCAAAGAUGCCCGCACAGGCGCGGUGCGACGAGAAGUCCUCUUUCGCGGAUUAUACCAGGGUGUCUGGAGCGUCGUAUUCUCCACAAUACCAUCAUCAGGAGCAUUCUUUACUACAUACGAAGCUAUAAAAUGCGCCUUACACGACUCCUCCACCAGAAGCAAACACGCUGGUAGCAAGUCCGAGUAUUUCACGCAAUCUUCGAAAACGGGCUUUCGCCUCCCAUUCACACACUCCCUUCCAAGCCCGAUUAUCAACGCAAUCGCUUCUUCAACAGCCGAGGCUGUGUCGUGCUUCAUGCUCACACCGGCUGAAGUACUAAAGCAAAACGCGCAAAUGGUUAACACUACUGCCAGCGCAUCGAAUACCAGAGGAAAAACGACUAGUGUCAGCGCCAUGCGCCAGGUCCUGUCCCGAUUCAAGGACCACCCAUGGAGGUUGUGGAAUGGGUACUUUGCAUUACUUGGACGGAAUCUUCCGUUUACGGGUCUUCAAUUCCCGAUGUUUGAGUAUGUCCGGUCACACGUUAUUGACCGGUAUAGACGACGGAAAGCUGCCAAGGUGAUCGCCUCGGGUGGUGAUAGUAAGCAGGCAUAUAGUCAGCGUGAUCAGCUUCUCGAGAGAGCUGGGUUAACUGGGCUUUCUGCGUCGGUGUCUGGGUCUAUUGCUUCGGUUGUAACUACACCUAUAGACGUGGUUAAAACGCGCGUGAUGUUGUCUGCGAGUGAGAAUACGGGCGGAGAGUCGGGGGCUGCAGCGCAUGGGGCUGGUAAAGGCUCGAGGAACGGUGCUUGGGCUGUUGGGAAGCAGAUCAUACGCGAUGACGGGAUACGUGGGCUGUUUAGAGGUGGGCUGAUUCGCAGUGUUUGGACGGCUGUGUCUUUGAGUCUUUAUCUUGGGUUGUAUGAGGGCGGGCGGUUCUAUCUUGAGAAUCGGCGUUAUAGACUUGAAGAGGAUACAUAG